AACAACUCGCCAAUAAAUGCUGAAAUAUUCCCAUCAGCCUAGAAGUGAAGCAGAGCUGAACACUGAGGACACGAGAGACCCAGAACCCUGCAGAAUGGAACAUGAAGAGACCGAAGAACAAAGAGACAUAAUGGAACAGAUCGAGGAGAGUGAAGGGGAGGAGAAAAAUCAUCUCAUCAAAACUGGAGAAAAAUCAUUCAGGAGAGCCAAAAAUUCUUGCCCUCAGACUGGAAAGAGAUUACCAAACAAACAAAGCCUUAAACUUCACAUGAGGGUUCAUGGUGGAGAGAAGAUGCACACAUGUGAUCAAUGUGGAAAGAGUUUUGCACUUAAAGGAAGCCUGAAGAAACACAUGAGGAUCCACACUGGAGAGAAACCACACACAUGUGAUCAGUGUGGGAGGAGUUUUACACAAAAAUCAGGUCUGAAGACACAUAUGACAAUCCACAGCGGAGAGAAACCGUACUCAUGUGAUCAGUGUGGGAACAGUUUUACAGAUGCAAGAACUCUUAAAUUACAUCUGCAUUCGCAUUCUGGAGAAAGACCAUUUUACUGUGACCAGUGCGGGAAAACUUUUACAUCAGCUUCAAUCCUAAGGGUCCACCUGAAAAUUCAUACAAAAGAAAAGCCUCAUGUAUGUUCUUUGUGUGGAAAGUGUUUUAGUGUGCUGAGUGUCUUAAAAGAACACCAGAAAAGACACAGUGGUGUGAAGGAACAUAUGUGCUUUGAUUGUGGGAAGAUCUUUGUUACUGCCACUGAGCUGAGAAGGCACCAGACAGUUCACACUGGAGAAAAGCCUUACAAGUGUUCACACUGUGACCAGAGAUUUCAUUUGCCAGGAUAUGUGAAAACACACGAGAGGAUCCACACUGGAGAAAAGCCGUACUCAUGUGAUCAGUGUGGGAAGAGUUUCACACAAAAAGGAAACCUUAAGAGUCACAUGAAAAUCCACACUGGAGAGAAGCCGUACUCAUGUGAUCAGUGUGGGAACAGUUUUACACAAAAACGAAGCCUUAAGAGUCACAUGAAAAUCCACACUGGAGAGAAACCGCACAGAUGAUCAAUGUGGGAAUAGUUUUGCAAAAAAAAAAUACCACCUUAAGAAACCCAUAAAAAACCACAAUAGAGACGAGCCACAUGUUUCACACAUGUAGCACUCUGAAGUUACAUCUGCAUUCUCACUGUGGACAAAAUCCAAAACUGUAAUCCAAUACAGUAAAAGAACAAGCAUUAUACCUGAAGAAAUGUGAAAGUUUGUAUGAAGGAGAAGAAUGUGUUUAAGAUUCACUGAUCUUGUGUCUUGAUUUAACAUCACAUGAAAAACUAAGGUGAACGACAUUGUAUUGGUCAUUCAACAUGAUGGCGUCAGUUUAGUGACUAGAUUCAAUAGUUUCAAGUGAGAACGUUUAAAUGCCUCUACUUCUCCUGACCAGGUGCUGCUUAAGCCGUUCAGGGUACUAUUAUCUUUAGGGACUAGGUUUGCUAGAGCAAUUUUUUGUAUAGUCUUUUGAUGCUUUGGUUAAGGAGUCACUUUUGAGGCUGUGUGUAAGUUUAACUGCCUAUAAAAUACAGUGCAUCAAUCACAGGCUUAGUUGGACUUCAUGACUGCAGCACCAAAACGGCACAUUUUCAAUCAAGAAUCCUGCUGAAGAUACACCGGAUCUCUUGGUCUUUGCUUCUGAGUGUCCUACUGUCUUUUAAAAUUACACAAGAAAAGACAUGAUGUGAAAGGUCAUAUGUGUUUUGACUGUGGGAAGAACUAAAGCUGCACUAGAGAGAUCACGAUGGAGACAAACCUUAUAAGCUUUCACACUUUGAAAAGCAGUGGCAGUCUAGUCCACAGUAACUCAGCUCUACUGAAUGUUUCAAGCUGAUUUUGAGAUGUAGGCUAACAUUUUAUUGUGAUAUGAUAAUGAGCAGUGAAAACAGCACAUUUUUAACAUCUAUGCUAGGGUUACACGAUUAUGGACAAAUUAGAAUUGUGAUUGUUUCGCUUUGUAUUGUAAUUGUUGAUAUACAUUAAAAUACUUCUGAGAGUGGCAACUGCAUGUCAUAUGUAGAUUACACACAUCCAAACUGGACAAUACAGGGUGCUGUUUAAAAGCAAUAAAAGUGCCUGGUUUAAUGCUGUAACGGGGCAAACGAAACAUGAGACGUGCGGAUCCAUGUGCAAAGCUUUAUUAAGACCGAGAAGUGGUCAUAAACACAGGCAGAGCAACGGCAAACAGGAAUGGCAUGGGCAAGACACCGUAAUCCUAGGACAAGCUUGGGUUGUCGAUCGGCAAACAAUAUCCAGAGGGCUAGACAAGAGGGGUAAUCCAGGUACACGAGCAAUGGUCCAGGCAGGGGCAAACAGAGUCCAAGUGGAAGGCAAGGGGUUAGUCUCAAGUCUACUUUAUUUAUAAAGCCCUUUUUCUCUACAAAGUAGACCAAAGGACUGUACAGCAACACUACAAUAGAUAUCAACAAUAACAAUUAAAAAUCAACAAUUAAAAGCCAAAGAAAACAAAUAUGUUUUCACACGGGAUUUAAAAACAUCAACUGAGGGUGCAGAUCUGAUGUCAGGUGGAGGAGUAUUCCAUAGUCUUGGGCCAGCAACCGAAAAUGCACGAUCCCCUUUAGUUUUCAGACAAGUUUUCGGAAUUAAGAGCAGUAAGCAAUUGAAUGAUCUUUGAGGUCUACAAGAGUUCAUAUGAAUCAGGUCCUUAAUAUAUUCUGGGGCCAUAUAAUGGACAGCUUUAAAAACAUACAGCAACACCUUAUACUGAAUCCGAUAUUUAACCGGAAGCCAAUGCAACUUUUCCAAAACUGGAGUAAUAUGCUCCCUUCUCUUUGUGCUAGUAAGGAGCCUCGCAGCUGCGUUCUGGACCAACUGCAAUUUUGAAAUGAGAGAUUGGCUUACUCCCAAAUAAAGAGCAUUACAGUAAUCCAAACGGGAAGAGAUGAAUGCAUGAA